CGCUUUGAACGCAUUCUUUGCGUCGUAUGCUCCGUGCUUAGCGAUCCGAUUCUGCGCGAAGUGACCCCUGACCGGUGACCCAGUGAAGUGAUUGUGACAGUGAAGUGACCUAUGACUAAGUGAUUUACUUGACUUUUAAGGUAACGGAUUGUUUAUUAAGUGUGGAUUUUAAUUUUAAGAUAAGCGUACGCGCCAGAGCGCGUUGCGCCAACACAGGGGCACGGUCAUUGUGUGUGGGGCACGAGCUAUUAGCGGGCACGGUCAGUUGGGUGCGGGUAGUGGGGGCAUGGGGCGCGCGGCGCGGGCGGGAUGGCGGUGAGCUGCCCCGAGGUGAUGUACGGCGCGUACUACCCCUACUUGUACGGCCGCGGCGCCGCCAGAUCAUUCCACCACGCGCCGCACUUUCAGUACGAUCGGUUGAACGUCCAAAGUGCGACCAAUGCGGGGGACUACAGCGCGGCCGGUGCGCUUAGUACGGGCUCGGCAUCCUCCGGUGCGCACUCGCCCGCCUCGCCGCCACAUGCUCAUGGGCUCCAUACGGCCCACACAGCCCACGCAGCCCAUGCGGCCCAUACGGCACACGCGACUCACACGGCCCACCCAACGCACUCGGCCCAUUUGCACGCGCACCAUGCGCAUUCGCCAAGGUUGCGUACUAAGGAGGAGGAAGGAAGAGCUAGCGCCGAUGGCGGCGGCUCAUCCGAGUCAGAGGGCGAAUGUGCGGCGAUUGGGCGUGCACGUGCGCAGUACGUCAGCGCCAACUGCGUGGUCUUCACGCACUACUCAGGCGACGUUGCAGCGGUCGUCGACGAACACUUCGCUAGGGCCCUUUCCAUUGACAAGCCAAAAGAGGCUGUCCCGAUGGCAUCGCGCAACCUUCCCGCGUCGUUCUUCAACGCGGCGGCGUCGGCACCUUCGUGUUCAGGCCUUGAUCUCUACGAAUAUGACCCUUGGCAUCAACAUUAUGCUGGCUACGGUCACGCGGCUCACAGACACGCGGCAGAAUACCACGCGGCCGCAGCACACCACAACAUGGCGGCGGCAGGCUACGGCGGGCUGCUACUCGGCCGGGGCUCCCUCCACGCGCAGUACAAGCCCGUGGAGUGGGGACACGCGCAUCAUGCGCAGCAUCUCGACCCGGCUGCUUGCUCACCUUACUCCUACCCUCCACCUGGCCUGGAAGCACAAGUGCAGGACACGUCUAAAGACCUCUACUGGUUCUGAGCGACUACGACUGGUCGCAAGUCGCAGCGGCUGAUCGCAGAUAAGUCGUUAGUGUGGUGAAGUGCGCGACAAAGUGAACUAUGAAGGCUGUAAAAGACAUUAGUUUUAGCUUUAGUUUUGUGUUGUGUUCUCGCAUUUGAUUAUUGGUUUGCUAAUCG